GCUUUGUUGACAGUGUGAAUUACAAUUAGUUUAUUGUUCAAGUACUUGUCAAUCUUGACCUUUCCUACCUCCUUCUCUAUCGCCUUAGCCAUCGAAAAUCAGAUGGAAAUUGUCCUCAAAAGUCACAAUAACUUUGAAUUGAGGUUCACAGACAGAUGUUUCAAUAUCAUGUCCUCUCACUCUUUUAACUGUAUCGUCUGUUUCUGUUCCUGACCCAUUACUCUUUUUCUUCUCACGCUUAUUAGCUACCUUCUGCCAUUCCAUGUCCCUUUCGGGAUCCCAACCAUCAUACUCAGAUCCUGAAGCCAUUCAUUUACAUUCACAAUACAGCUGCUGUAACUCUACACCACUACUGACUCUGCCAACCUUCCGGUUUCCCUUUUUUUGUUUUCUCCUACAACUCCUCCUUAUGUACGCAUUUCCUACUUCCAGAUCAUUUAUUUCCCUCUCCAUCCAGCUACGCAGCAUUAAAAAAAACUGUUUUUCUGUACUGUCACAAAGUCAAUUACAAAGUUUGUAGGACAUUAUCCUGUUGUUAUCAGUAUUAUCUUGAGAAGCCAAAUCUGCAGCCAUGCGUAAUUAUUGUCUUUGUUUUUUUAUUGAACUUCUGGCGGUUGCAUUCCUGCAGUCUGGUGUACUGGCUGACGAUGCCAACACUCCAGGCAAUUGCUGUUUUAAUUAUUAUGCGAGAAAAAUCCCCAUCGCUAAAAUUGCUUCCUACACAGAGACGAGAAUGGAUUGCUCCAAGCCUGGAGUCAUUCUUGUCACACAGAAGAAUCUUCGUAUCUGUGUGAACCCUGAGCUGAGCUGGGUAAAGAGUGCCAUUAAAAUGAUCGAUGACCGUGUUUUUUAGUGAUGCAGCUGUGGCGAUGAUCUUCAUAUUCAAAGGAGUGAUUUAACUUGUUUCUUAACUGAAGAAUUAGCUCAGUAACCUCCUUCCUUUUUUUCAUUAUUAUCAUGUGAGGCAUCAUGACAAGUAAUUGUACAAGUAGUUUAGCAUUUCUUUAACAUUCUGCUUUAAGUAUUAAAAUAAUUGUAACUACUAUAAUGUUACAUUUACUGGCAAUACAUGUAAAAAGAUGAUUUUUGAUUGUUCCAAUUAUAGGCUGAAGUAAGAAAUGUGCAUUCUUAUAUGAUGCUCUUGAUUCUAAUAAAAUAUAACAGUAGGUAAAAUCCUUUCUUGUAAAAUUCCCAAGGUGUACAUUAACAGCAUAGCAGAGCUCAAUCAAAACAAGAAAAGAAUUAAAAACUGGUGUUGGAAAAAAGUCAAAGGCAAUAAAAUGGUGACACAGAAACAAAAAAA